CACAUUCAUAGUUGACUUAUUGUAUUUUAUUUUAAGGAUAUAAUAUACUGUAAACCUUCUCAUUUGCCGUUAUCAUAUUGAUAACGCUGAUCUGAUGAUACGGUUCUUAGUUGUUGGUGGCGCUUUAUAUGUGUAUAGUGAGAGAGCAAUCAUCAGCAAAAUGGGAAUGGGACCUUAGUGUUGCUUCGGGAGUGCAUCUGCGUGGAGCACGGUCGCGGCACGUACGAUCCGUUUGACCGCCGGUACUUUCUCUCGCUGAUGUUUUGCGAGUCGAUUACUCAACAAGCAGUCGCGCUGUCUAAUCGUCGAUGUUCGCUAGCGGACGCCUAUGAGAGCGGUCGUGUAAACGGGAUCGAAGGACUAGUGUCAAAACAUUGUCGUGUUUGUGUAAUGAGUGUUGGUGUGUUGUGACGCGGUGGUGGCGGGCCCAGGCGAGAUGCGGCGCGGCAGCGGCAGCGGCGGCGGCGGCUGCGGCUGGGGCGGCGGUGGCGGCGUGUUUGGGCGCUGGUCGCUGCGCCGCUUGCUGCUGGACAGCCCACUUGUGGGCAGGCGACUGGCUCAUACAGUAUUGGAUCAAGCAGACACUCGGCCGGUGAAGCUGAGCGCCGUAGAGCAGUCGCAGAACAGGCAGCAGACCAUCAUCGAGUUCAUCGCUGAGGACGAAGAGGGCGAUGUAUUGGAAUGUCCGCUAUGCCUGCUGGUGUUCAGCGCCAGCAACAUGGUGCGGUUGGCGUGGUGCGCGCACCGCUGCUGCGAGCCCUGCAUGCGGCAGUACCUCGCCAUCGAGAUCUUCGAGGCGCGCGUGCCCGUCAGCUGCCCCGCCUGCCAGGAGAACAUACACCCGCUGGACGUCCGGCGCAUCGUGGACAACCCGGUAUUGUACGACAAGUACGAGGAGUUCUCGGUGCGACGCGCGCUGGCGGCCGACCCCGACACGCGGUGGUGCCCCGCGCCCGACUGCAGUUUCGCGGUGGUGGCGACGGGGUGCGCGUCGUGUCCGAAGCUGACGUGCCUGGCGCCGGGCUGCGGCGCGUCCUUCUGCUACCACUGCAAGGCGGCGUGGCACCCCACGCAGACCUGCGACGCCGCGCGCCGCUCGCGCGCGCCCCCGCCCAGGACGCCGCAGCCGCAGCACCAAGACUCCGACACGGGUGAAGUGAAGCCGUGCCCGCGCUGCGCCGUGCUGAUCGUGAAGGUGGAAGAUGGCUCCUGCAACCACAUGGUGUGCUGCGUGUGCGGCGCCGAGUUCUGUUGGCUGUGCAUGAAGGAAGUCUCCGACCUGCAUUACCUCAGUCCGAGCGGGUGCACGUUCUGGGGCAAGAAGCCCUGGUCGCGCAAGAAGAAGCUGCUGUGGCAGCUGGGCACGCUGGCGGGCGCGCCGCUGGGCAUCGCGGUGGUGGCGGGCGUGGCGCUGCCCGCGCUGCUGGUGGGGCUGCCGCUGUGGGCCGGCCGCCGCGCGCACCGCCGCCUGCGCCGCGCCACCGUCGCGCGCCGCACCGCCGCCGUCGCCGCCGCCGUCGCCGCUGCGCUGCUCGUGUCGCCAAUCGUGGCGGGGCUGGCGGUGGGCAUCGGCGUGCCCAUCCUGCUGUUCUACGUGUACGGCGUGGUGCCCGUGUCGCUGUGCCGCGCCGGCGGCUGCGCGCGCCGCCCCGAGCCCGACGCCGUCUCAAGACACAUCGACCCCAGCAUCGGCGACGCGUCGCUGUCGGCCGGGUCGGCGGCGGUCGAGCUGCGCGCGCCGUCGCUGGCCGCGCUCGCGGGCUCGCUGGCGCACGAGCCGCACGAGCCGGAGCCGGAGCCCGAGCCGCAGAGGCUCGAGGUGACGGCCGACGUGACGGCCGACGUCGCCAGCGCCAGCUGGCCCGACGACCUGCCCUCCACGUCGUCGCGCUCGGCGCGCCUCAAGAGCCUGUUCCUGUACGGGUCGGCGGCGCCGCCGGACCCCGAGGCGCCGCCGCCGCCGCCGCCGGGCGCCGCCGCGCCGGCCGAGCUGGGCGCCGCCUGCGAGACCCGGCUGGUGCGCGCGGCGCCCCAGCACCACUCGUAACGAACGCGCGCCCCGCCCUGAUCCUCGCGUGACCGACCCCUGCGGCGCAUCCGUGCUCCGAGCGACCGAAUAUCUCAUUUGAUUUAAUACGGCAUGCCCGAUCGCGUUAUUGUCUAGAGGAAUUGGCGCUCGGAUAUUGAGACUCGUACGUAAAAUAGACGUUAAGUGAAAUGUAGUGUAAGUUGUAACGAGACAGACUCGUAGUGUGAGUGGAGCGAAGUGCGUGGAGUUGCCGAGUCCGGGAUUGUUGUGAUUCGCUAUAAUUGCCGUUUUUAUCGACGCGUAUUAAAUACGUUUUGUCCUGACAACGAAUAGCAGAGGAAUAUAUGUUAUGGUGCUUUACACGCCACUCUGUUAAAUACAACCGGAAUGACUACACAAUACUUAGAUCCGCCGGAAAGCAUCCCAUUUUGAUGUGGAAUCCCUAUUGGAGUUUUGUUUCACGUCCCGUCCUAGAUAUCGCGUUGGUAAAAAUUGUCAUUUCGCGGGUCAUCAAUGGUUCAGCGAAAGAUACUUUUGAGGUACGUGGCACAACCGAUUUAUCGAUGUACCUCGUCAGAUAUUGUACUCGACUGAGCCUAUCCAGCAAUAAUUCUAUCGGCUGUAUUGUCUGUCUAUUCUACUUUUAGCUUCCGGUUUGCAGUAGUUGCAUUGUUUGAAAAUAUCAAAUGCAUAGACGCGAGUCAGUUGAAUUUCUUUGUAAAAUAAGUGCGUGUUGUCUUCGAAAACAACGUCUGUAAUCACAAUGUAGCACAGCUCACGUAAAAUGUACUCUUCUUUUUUGAUAAUCUGGGUAAUCUACCUCCACCAGACAAUAAGAUGACUUGUAUUUGUGGUUUUUGUUGGACAAAAAGCGUUAAUUCCCGUCCCUCGCAUGCGAUUAAUGGGUAUGGUCAGUAGAAUGUUUCAUGUGUGCCAGUUAUGAGCUUGUGUGUGUUUCGAAGACAACUUAUAUUUUUUUACUAAUUUGUAUUGCAUCUGGUAUUUGUUGAUUGUUCUCUCUCGUGUCAACUGGCAGUGAUGAUUAGGAAUUAUUUAAUUGCCUACCCCCGUUACAUGUUAUGUUGUGUUUAUUUUAUGAAUGUAAUGAGUUAAAGCUGAGAGCAGUCGCUAUUUGAAGAGCAAACGCAUUUCAACGAGUUAAGGCUGUAUAUUAGGUAUUAAUAAUUUAAAACGGAGACGUUGCAAAUGUAAAAUCGCAGUGACUGCUGCCGUGGGAACAUCAUUACAUUAAUAAAAUAAACAAUGUAUAGGCAGGGCCCCGGGCGCCGGUCCCGGAGUCCCGGCGGCGUAGGUUAAGUGAGCUAUUCCCGAAAGCUCCCAACGCCAGCCGACUGUGAACCUUAUUUAUACCAAUGGCAUAGAGUUCAGUGUCGAUUGUGUGGGAUUGCGGUGGUAAAGUCAAGGUACGAAAUAUCGAUACGGACAAAGUGCCAUAAAUAUCUACACGCUACCUUAAUGGCGUGUAUACAUGUUUUUAGCACUUUGUCAGUGUUGAUAUUUAAUGCGUUGAGUGUAAACACCCGGGGCAGCCGGCACAGGCGAGUCAGACGGAGACGGGAAGGGAAGAGCUGCGGGCGCGCCCGCUCUGAUAGAUGCUUGCGCUUCUAAAGCAGUGUUACUCUAUCCGAUAUUUGUGAUACUUUGAAUAAUUACUAUUAACGAUCUAAAUUAUUUAAUUUUUCACGUUUGUAGGCGAAAAGUAAUUGUAAGCUAUAAUUAUUAUGUUAUGUGAAUCAUAUACCUACAGUAAACGAUUAAAAUGUGAUUAAACUUA